AGAAACAUCCGGACGUUAGGAACCUGUCCUGCGCAUGCGUAAACAAAGACUUCGCGGGUUUUGAGCUGGGCUAGUUAAAAACCUGUCAAAGUAUAAGUAUCAUGUUCUUUUUUUGUACGGAAUUUGACAACACGUGUUGAAGUUGGUAGGUUAUUGGGCAGUUAUUUUGAAGACAAGAGACCAAAUGCCAAUAAAGAGGUUCCUUAAAAAGAAGAAUGGCAUCGGUUCAGGACACAAAGUUGGAGAAUGUCAUUGAUUGGGUGUUAAAGAGUGGGGAUGUCCAAGCUCUGGAUGUAUUUUUGCAAAGAGACAUACAUGAAGCGACCAUCAUAAAAUGUUCCCAGCAGUUCCUUACCAAAUUGGAUAAACUUGUCAGCAGGAAGUUGGAUCAAAAAGAUUUCAGAUCAGCCAGUUUGGGUCUUGCAGUCCUCUACAAAUGUGGGAAAAACCUGAAACUACCUGGUAGUGGACAAGGCCUGCCAAGGUUAAUAGCUCAAGGCCUGAUCAAAAAGAUGGUGCAGUGGUUUGAGAAAUGCAGGCAACUGUGGAUCCAGCGUGGCCCGCAGUGGGAUGAGACCUUGUUUAACCUCUCUGAGGACUUCUUUGAUGCUUUAAUGGUGAUUCAUGAAGCAUGCAAAGAGGGAUUACACAAAAUCACAGAGGCCUUUCUGUAUCCUAUUGGUCAACUGGGAGUUGACCCCAGAAUCUACGUCCUGAUCCAAAAAGAGGCGAUUCGUAAAUUUAACUUCAUUCUGGACAAAAUCCCAGUGGAGCUUAAAAAAGAGAAGAAGAUCCUGACUUCACAGGAGGCCUCAGAUAUCAUGAUCAAGCUGGCUGGUCAUGUACUGGAGGGUGGUGAUUAUGACUUGCAGACAGCCGUGAUGGAGGCACUAUGCAGAAUGACUUACCCGGAACAGAGGAAAGAGCUGGCAGAUCGAUGGUUCAGCAUGGAACAUGUGGCCCAUGCAUUUUCCAAGAUCCAUGAUUCAGAGUUUGAGACGGAUUGUCGCAAGUUUCUGAACUUGGUGAAUGGGAUGCAAGGAGACAAGAGAAGAGUGUAUUCCUAUCCCUGUUUGGAGGCUUACCUGGACAAACAUGAGUUACUGAUGCCUGUCGAUGAGAAGCUUGAAGAAUUCUGGAUCGACUUCAACCUUGGCAGCAACAGCAUCUCCUUUUACUUCUCUUUGGCUGAUGAAGAGGCACAGGAGGGCCAGUGGGAAACAAUAUGUAUCAAUGAGAAUGAAGUUGAAAGCUACACUGUUACAGAGGAGAGCAAGAGGAAAGUCUUGCAGUUAAAGCUGUCAGAGUUGGUGGUUGUCGGUGAGGUGGAAGGUUCAAGUCUCACCAUCCACUUCAGUUCCUCCCUGGACAUCCAUCAGGCUGCUCGUAGAGUCUACGGACAUUGCAAAGACAAAGGCUUUGUAGGAAAGAUGGGCACAUCUGUAGUGAAGACAACAGUUAAAAUUAUAAUGGAAGAGAACAGCUCUCAGGUUGUUCCUGAGACCCAGGUGUCCCUAGGUAAAAGUGAGAAAAAUACUGACCCAUACAUUUUGCCUGCCCUGUCUGCACAGAUGGUGACCCCAGCCAAGAUUAAGAUUUCAGAGUCCACCACUUUCAUCAGCAAUAGUGCAGGAGGAAGUGUGCAUGGUGCUAGUUCCCUUUCUUCUCUUAUGUCAUCAGAUACUCAUGCCAAGGGUAAAAGGAAGCCAUCUUUGGAGAUGGUUCACUCAUGUGAUAGACGAGAUGAAUUUCAGCUGAGAGAGCUAAGGACAACUAAGACCUCCAGUCAUGGCACAUCACCCAGCACCACAAUAGCAGAUGCCACAAUACAGCAGAAUUGUGAUACAUCUUUACAGAGCAUGGCUCCCAAACAGACCAGUAAGAACAAGGCUGACAAGCAUGAAAAGAACAUAGGGGUAGCAAAAGCAGUAGAUACUGUUCUAGCUGGACAGGGAGAAGAACAGUCCCUGGAAGAUGGUUUUGUGCCUGACACUCAACCCAGAUCUUGGAGUAACGUAUCUUCUAACUGCAACAAACUGUCAGUUUCUGAAAUGCUAAUGAUGCCCACACAGGCAAAAAAGUCUUUGCCAGGACCUGAUGCUCAUUUGAGUUUGACACAACAGCAGGAGUGCCUCUCCUCAGCACAGAGAUUUUCGGUUCCAGGCUCAGGCCCAGUCAGCCAAAAGCAGCUUUGUACCAAACUCAGGGGGUACCUGCAGCAUAUCAUCAGAGAGAAGAACCAAGACUGUGCACCACAGGAGCCAGCUGUGCCCCAGAGACACAAGUCUGAUGUCAAAGAGGACUCUAGAGUCAGAAGUUCUGCAGACCAGUGUGUAUCCGCACUGUGUCCUUCCAAAAAGCAGCAGGCCAAGAGAAACAUCCUGGACAAAGAGAAGAGCAAAGGGCAGAUGCCACUGGUGGUAGAUUCUACUGUGAAUAAAGUUUCAGUUGAGGCGUCCACAGCCAAAGCUCUGCAGGACAGAACACCACUCAGCAUUAAGGGUGAAAUUAACAGGACCCUUGUAAGCAAAGAGAAGAGAGAUUCAGAGGUUGCAGGUAGCAUGGUGAAGCUCAUCUCUAGUCGUUAUAAAACCCAAUCCACAGCAGAAAAUGGCCUUCAGAGCUGGAUUCCUCCUCAUGUCAAAAGGCCGGUCUUCAAUAUGAGCUGGUUAUCCAUCGGUAAAAAAGAUGUAUCUGCAGCUGUAAGCUUAAUGAAGUCCAACAGUAACGCAAAAAGAAACUCUAUGAGUCAGAGGAAAAAUGUUUUUGAAUUCAACGUUGAUGCACCAUUGAUUAUUGGGGGAAAGGACAGGCCCUUCUUUAACACCUCUGCCACAUCUAGCAGUGGCAUCAAUGAGUCCUCAGUACUCCGCAGCACAACCAAGAAAGGACAACCUGUGGCAAAAGAGAGGCGGCAUGAGAAGAAGCAUCUGUUUAGUGACACUGAUACAGACCAUGCCAUGACGGAGGUCAGCUGGCUGACUGAGUCGGCCAGAAAACCCAAACCCAAAGUUAUCAAAUACACCAGGCAGGCACCUGCCAAGCCUAAAGCUAUAUCACUUCAUACUUCAUAUGAAUCCCCAGAUUUACCCCCACCCUCUCCAAAACAUGUGAAGGAAACCGUCAAACCCAAUAAGAAAAAGCCCACUGUGAAGGAAAGGGUGGAGCAGCCAAAGGAGACAGUGAAGCCAGCAGCAGCCCCCAGCAGACCACUUGCAGCAGGUGGGAGGCCCAAGAGAGCUGCAGCCACCUCUACCAAGAGCUACAGGGAGCCAGAUACUGAUAACAGCGAUUCUGAGAAUCCUCCUGUUCCCAAGCACUCCUCCACUGAUCAUCUGGAGAAUACUGAGAGAAAACACACGGCUGCUCAAGUGACAAAGAAAAAGACUGCUAGCAAACAACUAACCAAAAGCCACAUGAAGCGAGAGAGCAACCAUCAUAGCAGCCGGUCAGAGUCAGAAUCUGUGUCAGAGCAGCCACCUAGUUCCAAGGGGGAGAGUCAGAAGACUUGUCCCAAGGUUCCAGAGGUAAAGAAGAGAAACACUUCUGAGAAAUCCACAGAUAUCUACAGGAGACUGGACAGCAACAACCAGUCACAUCUAAAUAAUGAAUCUGGGCUCAAGAAGCAGAGACCUGAGAAUGUUUCUGAAGAAACUUUGGGGUUAAAAAAGAAAAAUGCCAUCCCUAUCCAAGAACAGAUGAAUGCGUUGAGGGAUUCCUGGGCUGCUCACCAGAGCCCUGUCUGCCCAUCCACUCCUACCAUUGAGAGGAUGAGAUCUGCUGAGAGGUCAGCCCCAGCCUUGGAUUUGACCUGCUCCCCUCUCCUCACCCCGCGGGGAUCCCCGCUCCCUGCCUCCCCUGACCCUGCCUGCCAGGUCACACCCUCGCCAAUCCUGCUGCGACCCAAACCUUGCUCUACACUCAGCAGUAAAGGAAAUUUGAAGCCCUCUCCUUUCUACAAUGUAGAAAAAAAGCACAUCUCAUCCAAGGCUCAGUCCAUCCGGUCUGUUGCCUCUCUCCCUUCACUAGGAUGUCCAGUCCCUGCACUUGAUCCUCCCAUUGGACCUGAUGCAAUAGAGAUAAGUCCAGUCCAGCAGUGUGUAUCCCCAGGACCUCAGUCUCCUUUGUCCACUCAGCCCCUGCUGACUUCAACACUCUUUGAGCUGGACAAACCGUCCAUGCCCUCUCCUCCUCAGUUGCCAUUCCCAGAAGACAGUGUCAAUCAUGGCCACCAUUACGACUAUAGUAAAAUGUCUUCAGUAUCCCAGGUUUUAUUGAGCCAGUCAUCCACUGAGUCAUCAGUAUGGACCAGCAGAGUUAAUGACAGCCCCACUGCAGUGCCGCUUGUGCCUCAGAAAGCAGAGAAAACACCACCUUCAGACCUAGAACUAAAGUCUGCAGAGCUUCAUGUAUCAGGACCCAGUCGCAAGCGCCACAUCUCCUUGUCCAGUAGUUCUGAAGAAGAGGAAAAGGAAGAAAGGAAGAAAAGCAAGAUGAGAGGGCAGCGAUCUCCUCGGAUGAAACCAAGGAAGUUGUUCAAAUCUUUCACUAAGGUGUCUGCUGAAGGUGAGGUGAGUCAAGUCAUGUCUAGUCCCAGUCACGUGGUGGAUGGAGACAUGGAUGAGGAUUUGGAGUUGCCAGAAACUGCUGUAAACCCGAGUAACCUGUGUCAGCAGUUUAACUCGGCGCUAAAGCAGAAGUUCCAGAUUCGUCACAAGAUGAUGGAGGUUUACAACAAACAGUCUUUGAAGACCAUCCAGCAACAUGUCUCCUCUCUCAACAAAAGUGUUACUAAAUACAGGACUCAGAGGCUUGAACACAUUCAGAAGGUCCUCUUGGAAGAGAUCCACAAACUGGAGCAGAAUGGCACUGUCCUGAAAAACAUGGAGAAAGACCUGACUACUUACUGGAAAGAGCAGGUUGUGGCUUUCCAUUCUUACCAAGAGAAGGAAAACAGAAGAAGUGUGACCCUGAAGAAUGCCCUCCAGAGUAACUUGUGUCCCACUUUGGAGUAUGAACAGAAAAUAUUCACAUCGGAGAUGUGCCUGAUAAGAAAAGACAUGAAGUCAGUUCAGGAGAGACUACUCAGCGAAAUGCAAGAUGAGGAGAUCCAGACUAUGAAGAGGGGUCUGCAUGCUUUCUUUUUCCCCGAUGCAGCCAGGUUUUGAGUUGAACAGUGUUCUGCCAAAGGUCUCUGCACUAUAAACAAGGUUGGGUAUUUCACCUCAUGGUGCACACUGUGCUCUGUACUUCAGCUUUGCUGAGUUCAUGUCAGUGUUUGCCUGAGGUGUUGAUUUUUUCCAGGUUCUUGUAUUCUGCGGGAAUGUGUUUGUUUUAUCCUGACUUUGAUGUGUUGUUGCUAUAUAUUUGUUUCUAUAAGACAUGUUAUAUUAUUCUGAUAUUUAUUAUUUAAUGGCAUUCAUAGAAUCUAUCAUUUUCGUAUUCUUUGAAAGCAAGUACAGGUAUAACAAGGCUUUUCCACUCUUGGUACUGUGAUGUUUUUAAUACAAAUUUCUUAUUUAUUAUUGUAGGUUUGUUAAAGACUGAAAAAUGCCUGGCUAAAUAUUUAAAAUGUUAAAUCCAUCAACUGUUUUAAAUAGUUUUUCAACCCGAUUCUUAAAUGAAAAUAAAAGUUUUUAAAAAUGAGAUAAGCCAUUCUUAAAAAAGACCUUGUAUUUUGAAGACAAGUAGUGCUUACAAAGGUUUUUCGCUUUUCAGUGAAGACACUGUUGGUCCCAUUCAAAUUGACAUACUGUAUAUACAGUUAAUAUAAAUUCAUCCCCAGUACCACCACCCCCCGACUGCAGUCUUUACACAGUCCAACUGACACACUAUUCAUCACUUAAGAAAAGGUGAAGCUGGUCACAUGCACAACUUCUUCCCACAACAUGGAUUCACACUGCCGUGUCAAAGGAGUCCAUGGAAUAGUACAAAAAAAAAAAAAA